GCCUUGCCCUUUGAGCUCUAUCACUUCAAAGACAACCGCAGAUCCUAGCUGCACCACGUACCCACUUACCCACAUACACGCUGCUCUCCACCGCCCGCCGCAGUCGCGUCGACACUCUGCCACCUCCUUAAUACCCCUCUCUUCCACGUCGACGCGUCAAUACCAGCCUGCGAUGGAUUACGACACCGAGGGCGGCGCAAUCAACGUGCGCUUCUUACAGGCCGACAACCAGCGCGCGCAGUUCAUCGUGCAAAAUUUCAACCUCGAGACCGCCAACUCGCUGCGGCGAGUGAUGCUCGCUGAGAUCCCGACCAUCGCCAUCGACGUCGUCGAAGUCCUCGACAACACCUCCGUCCUCGCCGAUGAGUUCGUCUGUCACCGCCUUGGCCUUGUUCCCCUGUCAUCGAGGGGCGUGGAGGACCUGUUAUAUUCGCGCGACUGCGACUGCGAAGGCUACUGCGACAACUGCUCGGUCAUCUUGACGUUGAACGCAAAAUGCACGGGUAGCGAAAUCAUGAAGGUGUAUGCGCGGGAUUUGGUGAUCGAGAGCAACAGACCCAACGACGAAGUUGGGCGGCCAGUGAUCGUGGAUCAGGAGGGCACAGGCAGCUGUAUAGUGAAACUGCGGAGAGGGCAGGCCAUUCACAUGCGCUGUAUUGCGAAGAAGGGUAUCGCAAAGGAGCACGCGAAAUGGGCGCCGUCUUCAGCCAUAGGCUUUGAGUACGACCCGGCGAACAAGCUGCACCACCUCGACUACUGGCACGAAGAGGACCCUGAAACAGAAUGGCCCAAGGACGAAGAGCGCAUAAACCUCGACGGCGGUCCAGCCAACCCCGACGAACCGUUCGAUUACAACGCUGUACCAUCCCGCUUCUUCUACGAUGUUGAGACUGUAGGCGGCCUCGACCCAGAUCAGAUUGUCACAAAGGGCAUCUCAGUACUCCAGACAAAGCUGGCAGAGGUGAUUCGAGAGUUACAAGGAGGCGUAGGGCCGGAGGGCGCAGGCUUCGAAGGCGCGCAAAGCCCCACAAUGAACGGAGGCUAUGGCGGUGGACCAGACGCGGGAUACACAACACCCGGGUAUGGUGGCGCGAGUCAGUGGGGAGGCGCAGGCGGUGCGCAGGGCGGAACGACACCAUACGGUGCGACGCCUUACGGAGGGUCUGGCUGGUAGAACGUCGAUAUACGACAUUGCAUGGGCGGCGUUAAAAAAGGAUCAA